GGAGGGGGCGGGCCGAGCCGAGCCGCGACUGCUGAGACCAGAGCUUCGUGGUGGUAGUGGGGCGCUGUUCGCAGCUGCUAAAGGGUUGUCUGGGGUGGCCGACCCUGCGUGCGCCAGAGUGUGGCUCGCUCAUUCUCGGUCUGUGCCCGGGGCCCUCUGGAGGUGACUCGGGUGGGCCGGCCGAGUGGCGUUGCCGCUUGGGAGGGUGGGGAUGAGGCGAUGAAGAGUACAGCCGCCGCCGCCACCGCCGGUCUCCGCCUGCGGCAGCCGUAGCGGGACUCGGGGUGGGGGCGAGCCCAGUCGUACCCCGCCGAACUACGAACCCAGACAAAGGAGGAGGAGCGGCCCGAGGCUCGAUCAGCGCCUCAGGGGCAGAAAGCCGCAGCUUCGGUCACAGCCGGGGGCUCCCGGGCUCACGGGCUGCCGAGCUUCCUCUGCGGACGCAGCGCAGGGCAAGGCCACCCGCGCCGAGGAAACCGCCCCCGGAGCCCCCGCCCGCCUGCCGGCGCCGCCUCCGAGCCGCCUCGGCCGUAGCUGCGGCCCAGGCGGGAGGCGGCGGCGGCCGGCGAGGCGAGGCGGCCCGCGCUCUGCCUGUCAGGCCACCGGCGCUGCCCGGCCCGGCCCGCGGGCAGCCCUCGAUGAAGAGGCGCUGCCGCCGGGGCCAUGCAGCAGGCGCCGCAGCCCUACGAGUUCUUCAGCGAAGAGAACAGUCCGAAAUGGCGGGGACUGUUGGUCUCGGCCCUGAGGAAGGUUCAGGAGCAAGUACAUCCCAAUCUCUCGGCUAAUGAAGAAUCUCUCUAUUAUAUUGAAGAGCUGAUUUUUCAGCUACUUAAUAAAUUAUGCAUGGCCCAACCAAGGACUGUUCAAGAUGUAGAGGAACGAGUUCAAAAGACCUUUCCUCAUCCAAUUGAUAAAUGGGCUAUAGCUGAUGCACAGUCGGCCAUAGAGAAACGAAAACGAAGAAAUCCUCUCUUAUUGCCUGUGGACAAAAUCCAUCCUUCACUGAAGGAAGUUUUAGGGUACAAAGUGGACUACCAUGUGUCCUUAUAUAUUGUGGCUGUACUAGAGUAUAUCUCAGCUGAUAUUUUGAAAUUAGCUGGUAAUUAUGUUUUUAAUAUUCGACAUUAUGAAAUAUCUCAGCAGGACAUUAAAGUAUCAAUGUGUGCAGAUAAGGUUUUGAUGGACAUGUUUGAUCAGGAUGACAUAGGUUUGGUUUCUCUCUGUGAAGAUGAACCUAGUUCUUCAGGUGAAUUAAACUAUUACGACCUUGUCAGAACUGAAAUUGCAGAAGAAAGACAGUAUCUGCGGGAACUAAAUAUGAUCAUAAAAGUGUUCCGAGAAGCCUUUCUUUCUGACAAAAAGCUGUUCAAAUCUUCUGACAUUGAGAAGAUUUUCAGUAAUAUCUCAGAUAUACAUGAGUUGACAGUAAAACUUUUAGGGUUGAUUGAAGACACAGUUGAAAUGACUGAUGAAAGCAGUCCUCAUCCCUUAGCUGGCAGCUGUUUUGAAGAUUUGGCAGAAGAGCAAGCAUUUGAUCCUUAUGAAACAUUAUCACAGGACAUUCUUUCACCAAAAUUUAAUGAACAUUUCAGUAAGUUGAUGGGCAGACCUGCAGUGGCUCAAUACUUUCAGUCCAUUGCUGAUGGUUUUAGAGAGGCAGUUCGUUAUGUCCUUCCACGCCUUAUGCUGGUGCCAGUGUAUCACUGUUGGCACUAUUUUGAAUUGUUAAAGCAAUUGAAAGCAUGUAGUGAAGAACAAGAGGACAGAGAAUGUUUAAAUCAAGCAAUUACUGCUCUCAUGAAUCUCCAAGGUAGUAUGGACCGAAUUUACAAGCAAUAUUCACCUCGACGCCGACCUGGGGAUCCUGUCUGCCCUUUUUAUAACCGUCAGUUAAGAAGCAAGCACUUGGCUAUUAAAAAAAUGAAUGAAAUUCAGAAAAACAUAGAUGGAUGGGAAGGCAAAGAUAUUGGACAGUGUUGUAAUGUUAUUAUGGAAGGUCCAUUGACAAGAAUUGGUGCUAAACAUGAACGGCAUAUUUUCCUCUUUGAUGGCUUAAUGAUUAGCUGCAAACCCAAUCAUAGCCAGUCACGCCUUCCAGGUUAUAGUAGUGCAGAAUACAGAUUAAAAGAAAAAUUCAUCAUGAGAAAAACACAAAUAUGUGAUAAAGAAGAUAGUUGUGAGUACAAACAUGCAUUUGAAUUGAUAUCCAAAGAUGAAAACAGCGUAAUAUUUGCUGCUAAGUCUGCGGAAGAGAAAAAUAACUGGAUGGCAGCACUUAUUUCUCUUCAUUAUCGUAGUACUCUAGAUCGAAUGUUAGAUUCAGUAUUAUUGAAAGAAGAAAAUGAGCAACCACUGAGAUUACCAAGUCCUGAAGUGUAUCGUUUUGUGGUAAAAGACUCUGAGGAAAACAUUGUUUUUGAAGACAACUUGCAAAGUAGAAGUGGAAUCCCCAUUAUUAAAGGAGGAACGGUGGUGAAGUUAAUUGAAAGACUGACAUAUCAUAUGUAUGCAGAUCCCAAUUUUGUUCGUACUUUUCUUACUACAUAUCGUUCAUUUUGUAAACCACAGGAACUGCUAAGCUUACUGAUUGAACGAUUUGAAAUUCCAGAGCCAGAACCUACUGAAGCAGAUAAAUUGGCAGCAGAGAAAGGCGAACAGCCAAUUAGUGCAGACCUUAAAAGAUUUCGCAAGGAAUAUGUCCAACCAGUACAACUUAGGAUCCUAAAUGUAUUUCGGCACUGGGUUGAACACCAUUUCUAUGACUUUGAAAGAGAUCUGGAGUUGCUUGAAAGGCUAGAAUCCUUCAUUUCAAGUGUAAGAGGGAAAGCCAUGAAGAAAUGGGUAGAGUCCAUUGCUAAGAUCAUCAAGAGAAAGAAACAAGCUCAGGCAAAUGGAAUAAGUCAUAAUAUUACCUUUGAAAGUCCCCCUCCACCAAUUGAAUGGCAUAUCAGCAAACCAGGACAAUUUGAAACAUUUGAUCUCAUGACACUUCAUCCAAUAGAAAUUGCACGUCAGCUGACACUUUUGGAAUCUGAUCUCUACAGGAAAGUUCAACCCUCUGAACUUGUAGGGAGUGUAUGGACCAAAGAAGAUAAAGAAAUAAAUUCUCCAAAUUUAUUAAAAAUGAUUCGUCAUACUACAAAUCUUACACUUUGGUUUGAAAAGUGCAUUGUGGAAGCAGAAAAUUUUGAGGAACGGGUAGCAGUACUAAGUAGAAUUAUAGAAAUUCUGCAAGUUUUUCAAGAUUUGAAUAAUUUCAAUGGUGUAUUGGAGAUAGUCAGUGCAGUAAAUUCAGUGUCAGUAUAUAGACUAGAUCACACCUUUGAGGCAUUGCAGGAAAGAAAAAGGAGAAUUUUGGAUGAAGCUGUGGAAUUAAGUCAGGAUCACUUUAAAAAAUACCUAGCAAAACUUAAGUCAAUCAAUCCACCUUGUGUGCCUUUUUUUGGAAUAUAUUUAACAAAUAUUCUGAAGACUGAAGAAGGGAAUAAUGAUUUUAAAAAGAAAGGGAAAGAUUUAAUCAAUUUCAGUAAGAGGAGGAAAGUGGCUGAAAUUACUGGAGAAAUUCAGCAAUAUCAGAAUCAACCUUACUGUUUACGGAUAGAACCAGAAAUAAGGCGGUUCUUUGAAAACCUUAAUCCCAUGGGAAGUGCUUCUGAAAAAGAGUUUACAGAUUACUUGUUCAACAAGUCACUAGAAAUUGAACCCCGAAACUGCAAACAGCCACCUCGAUUUCCCAGGAAAUCAACUUUCUCUUUAAAAUCUCCUGGAAUAAGGCCUAAUACAGGCCGACAUGGCUCUACCUCAGGCACUUUAAGAGGUCAUCCAACACCAUUAGAAAGAGAACCAUGUAAAAUAAGCUUUAGUCGGAUUGCUGAAACUGAGCUUGAAUCAACAGUGUCGGCACCAACCUCUCCAAAUACACCGUCUACUCCACCAGUAUCUGCUUCUUCAGACCUUAGUGUGUUUUUAGAUGUGGAUCUCAACAGUUCCUGUGGCAGCAAUAGCAUCUUUGCUCCAGUUCUCUUGCCAAAUUCAAAAUCUUUCUUCAGUUCGUGUGGUAGUUUACAUAAACUAAGUGAAGAGCCACUGAUUCCUCCUCCACUUCCUCCUCGAAAAAAGUUUGAUCAUGAUGCUUCAAAUUCCAAGGGAAAUCUGAAAUCUGAUGAUGACCCUCCUGCUAUUCCACCAAGACAACCUCCUCCUCCAAAGAUAAAACCCAGAGUUCCUGCUCCUACUGGUGCAUUUGAUGGGCCACUGCUUAGUCCACCGCCGCCACCGCCAAGAGAUCCUCUUCCUGAUAGCCCUCCACCAGUUCCCCUUCGGCCUCCGGAACACUUUAUAAACUGUCCAUUUAAUCUUCAACCGCCUCCACUGGGACAUCUUCACAGAGAUCCAGACUGGUUCAGAGACGUUAGCACUUGUCCAAAUUCGCCAAACACUCCUCCUAGUACACCCUCUCCAAGGGUACCACGUCGAUGCUAUGUGCUCAAUUCUAGUCACAGUAAUGUUGUUCAUCCCCAAGCUCCCCCUGUUCCACCAAGGCAGAAUUCAAGCCCUCACCUACCAAAACUGCCACCAAAGACUUAUAAACGGGAGCUUUCACACCCCCCAUUGUAUAGACUGCCUUUGCUAGAAAACGCAGAAACUCCUCAAUGAUCUUAGCCAUAUGUAGUCAUUGACACUGGAAUGAUAUUUGUAAAGUUCUUUUUUAAUUUAUUUUAAAAAAGGCAUAGUAUUUUAGUACUUUUUACAAAUAAUGCUCUUAAAAAUGCUACUGAUCAAAUAAGCUUUUAAAAAUUGGAAAAAUAAAAAUAUAAAAGUCCUUUGCCAUUAUCCUCAGGUGAUCAGUAGCAUUGCCUUGUCUUGGAUCCUCAGUGCUGCCAAAUGGCCAGUAUAAAGAAUUUAUAUUUGCACUGUAGACUCUGCUAAAAAUAUGGUUUAAAAUGACAUUGAUUGCACUGAAAGGGAUAGUGCAUUUGUGGAAUUUUUCAAAUUUGAGUAAUAACUGCCUAGGGUGUGUGGUGUUACUGAUUUUUAAACCUCUUUGACCAUCUUCCAGUUUUUACAUUUAGGAGAAUUGUAACACCCACUGUUCUUAAAUUCUUUAAUGCCAUGUCUUAAAUGCCAGAAUUUGCUGCUGAAGACAAAAAUGAAAAAUAGAAUGAAAAGAAUAGAAUGCACUGUGUUUAUUAUUUUGUCAAAAUGUCAACAAAAAGACUACCUAACCCAAUCUUAGAGGAGAAAAGGGCAUGUAUCUUAUUCAGAUGUGCCUUUUGUUUUUGCAGACUAUGGUGUCUUUAGCAAAUGAGUUGCCUAUUGUUUUGGAAAUCAAACAAUAUGCCGUGUAUGUACAGUUUUGUUUAUAUUGUAUAUUUGAAGAUAAUGCUAAUAACCUAUAUAAAUUUAAAUGACUCGAGGCCUAUAAUACAUCUGCUACUUUACUAAUUCAUAAAUUCAAAGGGAAAGUUUCCUGUGGCAUAGGAAUCAACUGCCUUGCCUUCAAAACCUAGUAACUUUGUCUAUAAAUCUUGUGUUAACUAAAAUUUUCUUAAAUAUUUUUUUUAGAUUGGUAAUAUUUAAACCAGCAAAUACUUAAAGCUAUAUUAAACUUUUUAAUCAGAGAAGUGAGUAAAACUUUUACUUGCCAUUUGGACUCCUUUGUUCAAAGUGAU